AUGGCCAAUAAACUGAAUAUUCGCCAGAGGAAUGACGCAACGACGCAGUGCCACAUGCUUCAUUUGAAGCAGACGGAUCUCCUCAGUCAACUGCUGCCCAACACCCAAGCUAUGCAAAGCCUGCGUUCCCUCUCCAUUGGGCGCAUAUCCCAAGCGGCUCUGGAGGAGAUCUUUGCGAACUGCAGUCAGCUGGAGAGCCUACUUCUGUGCGACAGGAUGGGCUCAGGUGUCCUUUAUGAUAUACGGAGCAUAGGGCUCUGCUGUAUGUUGAAGGUGUUGAUGCUGCCCCUGAAUGUAGGGACGCCACUGGCCAUCUGCUCUCUGGCGAACCUCACCCAUUUGACCCUUCAGCGCCAGGAACUCAGUCAGGGAACGGACUGGAUGCGUACCGUCCGGGCUAUCAUCCAUGCCAAGCGGUUCAAUCUGCAAGCACUCAGCUUUGAUGGCUCCUGGCUGACCGCUCCUCUGAAUCUGUCCCACCUUCAGCUGGCUCAAUGCACAGCCCUGACCGACCUGAGAUUGAGUAACUGCAAUCUGGGAGAGAACAGCCCACUAUUGCCCUUGUCCUGCCAAAGGAUCAGCUUCCGGCGAUGCUCUAUGGGCAUGCCCCUUGGUUACAAAGGGACCCAUCCGCUUUUAAAGAAACUAGAGCUGUUUGACUGCCGGAUAUUGUCUGAAGUUCCCAUUCUACGUCACAUCUUGAACGUGAGGAGGCACCAACCCGUCGACGGACCACUCCUGUUCACCUUUAGCCAGUCCACAAGACUACGAUAUGAGUUCACGAAGUGGUCCCAUGAGGAUGUGCGUGUCCACAGCGAGUGGCUGCUAGUGAAGGAACUGGAGCCACACCAGGCGGAUACAUGGCGCCUACAAGUAGGCACGGUUUCCAUGAAGUUUGCUCACUCCAUAAAUGAUGUGCCCAGUCUCCAGCUCCCAGAGGAGAGUAUCCCGAGUGCCGCUGAUGUGGUCAGGAUGCUGGGUUCCUUAUAA